GCCCGGCCAUGGCGCUGCAGCUCACCCGGGAGCAAGGCAUCACCCUCCGCGGGAGCGCUGAGAUCGUCGCCGAGUUCUUCUCAUUUGGCAUUAACAGCAUUUUAUAUCAGCGUGGCAUAUAUCCAUCUGAAACAUUUACUCGAGUACAAAAAUAUGGACUCACUUUGCUUGUGACUACUGAUCCUGAGCUCAUAAAAUACCUGAAUAAUGUGGUGGACCAGCUGAAAGAUUGGUUGUACAAAUGUUCGGUUCAGAAGCUGGUGGUGGUCAUCUCAAAUAUUGAAAGUGGUGAAGUCCUUGAAAGAUGGCAGUUUGAUAUUGAGUGUGACAAGACUGCAAAAGAUGACAGUGCACCCAGAGAAAAAUCUCAGAAAGCUAUCCAAGAUGAAAUUCGUUCUGUGAUAAGACAGAUCACAGCAACAGUAACAUUUUUGCCACUGCUGGAAGUUUCUUGUUCAUUUGAUCUGCUGAUUUAUACAGAUAAAGAUUUGGUUGUACCUGAAAAGUGGGAAGAAUCAGGACCACAGUUCAUUACCAAUUCUGAGGAAGUUCGUCUUCGUUCAUUCACUACUACAAUCCACAAAGUAAACAGCAUGGUGGCCUACAAAAUUCCUGUCAAUGACUGAGGGAUGGG